AUGUCGGAGAAGGUGUCCGCGUAUGGUGAGGCCCAACUCGAGGAGCAAGCCCGAAGCCGGCCGACAAAUGUUCGCCGGGCCGUUGCCGUGUUGUUCUCAUUGCUGUUUGUGGGAACAUUCCUCCACCCUGUGACGAGGCCUCACCAUCCCGCCUGCCAUGCCUAUUCCCGCCUUCGCCCUCUGAGUAUAGAGGAGCGUGUGCACAAGGUCCUCUCCGGCACGCCGUUGAUAGACGGUCAUGAUGAUUUCCCCCUUCUCGUCCGGGCUCUAUUUGCAAACCAUAUCUAUGGCGAUGACUUCAAGGAGAAGUUCGAGGACGGUGGCUUGCCAAUGCAGGUCGACAUACCCCGACUGAGGGAAGGACAGAAUGGAGGUGCCUUCUGGAGUGUGUAUAGCUUCUGCCCAAAGAACGGCUCCGACUGGUCAGACGAGAACUACAAUGACAGCGUCCUCUUCACGUUGCAGCAGAUCGACAUGAUGACACGGCUCGGGGCCGCCUACCCCAAAGACUUCUCCAUCACAGCGGGCAUCAGCAGCGCCUCGGCCAUCGAGGCUUUCAAGCAAGGGAAGCUGAUCUCGCCCCUUGGGAUCGAAGGCUUGCACCAGAUCGGCAACUCGGUGGCCAACCUGCGCCGUUUCCACGCUCUCGGGGUGCGCUAUGCCACGCUGACGCACAACUGCGGCAACAUCUACGCCGACUCUGCCCUGGUGGAGUCCCCCUCCUUCCGCAAGGCACCGCCCUACUGGGGCGGACUGUCGCCCAAGGGCAAGGAGCUGAUCCAUGAGAUGAACCGCAUCGGCAUGAUUGUGGACCUGGCCCACGUCAGCGCCGACACGAUGCGCGAUGUCCUGGGCGGAACCGAGUGGGAGGGCAGCAAGGCGCCCAUCAUGUUCAGCCACUCUUCGGCGUACUCCAUCUGCCCACACCCGAGGAAUGUGCCCGAUGAUGUUCUGCAGCUGGUGAAGAAGACAAAUUCUGUUGUCAUGGUCAACUUUGCGCCCGACUUCAUCUCCUGCAAGGACGUCGGCAACGACAAUGGUGUCUCGGCACUCGUCCCGGAGAACGCCACGCUGGCCCAGGUCGCGAGCCACAUCACGUACAUUGGCGAUCUGAUUGGUUACGACCACGUCGGCAUCGGCAGCGACUUUGACGGCAUCCCCACCGUGCCCAGGGGCCUGGAGGAUGUCUCCAAGUUCCCGGACCUGUUCGCCGAGUUGCUGAGACGGGGCGUAUCGGACGAAGAUGCCGCCAAGGUGGCCGGCGGCAACAUCCUCAGGGUGUGGAGCGGCGUCGAGGAGGUCGCCGCCAAGUUGCAGGCCGAGGGCUUCCCGGUGAUGGAGGACGACUUACCAAAGUUGAGAUUCGAGGAGUCGAUGCUGCUGACCGGGCUCAAUGUUUCGGGGCUGCUAUGA